AGAAAAUUAAAAUGAUCUUUCGUCCCAAACUUGGGCCGGCAUUUUCUGCUUCUUAUAGUCGACUAAAGUAUAUUUGGAAUCUAAUAAGACAUUCAUCUGAAGGCGGAAGCAUCCAAGAAUGGAGAGCUGUCAUUGGACUGGAAGUUCAUGCUCAGAUUGCAGCAAACACAAAGCUAUUUUCGGGAUCAGCAACAAAAUUUGCAGCACCAAUCAACUCCCAGGUUUCAUUAUUUGAUGUUGCAUUGCCAGGAACUCUUCCAGUGCUGAACAAGAGAUGUGUCGAAGCAGGAGCGAUGACUGCCUUAGCUCUGGGGUCAGAAGUGAAUAGAUCAUCAAGAUUUGACCGCAAACAUUAUUUCUAUGCAGAUCUUCCACAAGGUUAUCAAAUCACCCAACAAAGGUCCCCUAUAGGCAAGGGAGGACAUUUGCGGUACAUCAACAACAUUGGACAGAAAGUCCCAUAUGAAAAAGAGGCUAAAAUAGUGCAGGUCCAGUUAGAGCAGGACAGUGGAAAAAGUAUUCAUGACUUAGAGGGAGGGAAAAGUUACAUAGAUUUAAACAGAGCAGGUAUGGCAUUGAUGGAGAUCGUUACAGAGCCAGACUUUAAUUCAUCAUCUGAAGCAGUGGCUUUUAUACGUGAGCUUCAGUUAGUACUAGAAACCAUAGGAACAUGCGACUGCAGAAUGGAGGAGGGCUCAUUACGAGUUGAUGCUAAUAUCUCCAUACACCGACAAGAUGAUCCACUGGGAACAAGGGCUGAAGUGAAGAAUCUGAACAGUUUCAAGGCCCUCAAGCAAGCAAUUGAGUCUGAGAUCAAGCGACAAAUUGCCAUCAAAUCUGCGGGUGGGGAAAUUGUCAACGAGACUAGAUCUUUUGAUGUAGAUACUGGGGAAACUGUGGCAAUGAGAGAUAAGGAACGGCUCCAGGACUACAGAUUUAUGCCUGAACCUAACCUUCCUCCAGUCAUCAUUUACAACAAUACAACUGUACCAGAGUCAGGGGACGCGACCAGUUUAAUCAACAUUGAUGAGCUGAGGGAUUCCAUGCCAAGGUUACCUGAAGACAACAGAGUGGAACUGUUAGAGUUAGGUCUAAAUAUGGAACAGACUCUUGCUUUAGUGUACAAUGCUGACUUACGUAGCUAUUUCCAUGCUGUGCUAUGUCUGACACGUGCCCAGCCUAGCUUUACAGCCUAUAAUCUUCUGUAUUAUCUCUAUGGGGAACUCAACAAGAGAGAGUUAGAGGCAUCACAAUGCUACCUUGUAGAGCCGGGACACUUUGCAGAGCUGCUUGACCUGAAAAUAGAUGGCCAGAUAAAUAAUCUAAUAGGAACCAAGAUUCUCAAGAUGCUACUAGAUGGAACUACAACGUGUCCUAGAGAUCUGGUGAUAUCUAACAACUGGGGACAAAUAUCUGACCCUACUGUGUUGAGAGGACAUCUGGAUCAGAUCAUCAAGAAACAGCCUAAAACAGUGCGGCAAUACAAGAAUGGCAAGAAAAGAGCUUUAACUGCUAUGAUAAAUCAAGUUCAGGCGUUGAC